AUGGCUGGUCCAAGUGGAAAGAAAGAAAAGGUUGAAAAGGCUGGUACCAGUGGAAAGAAGAAGAAGGACGUGAAGAAGGAAACAGGUCUCGGACUUAGCGCUAAGAAAGAUGAUAAUUUCGGGGAAUGGUAUUCUGAGGUUUGUAAACAAGAUAUGAUUGAAUACUACGAUAUCUCUGGAUGUUAUAUCCUUAGGCCAUGGUCAAUGGCGAUUUGGGAGAUUAUGCAAACUUUCUUUGAUGCGGAAAUCAAGAAAAUGAAGGUCAAGAAUUGCUAUUUCCCUUUGUUUGUAUCUCCUGCUGUCCUGGAGAAGGAGAAGGACCACAUCGAAGGAUUCGCCCCAGAGGUUGCUUGGGUUACAAAGUCGGGUAAAUCUGACUUGGAAGUCCCAAUUGCUAUUCGUCCAACUAGUGAGACAGUGAUGUACCCUUACUACAGCAAAUGGAUAAGGGGACACCGUGACUUGCCUUUGAAGCUUAACCAGUGGUGCAAUGUUGUCAGAUGGGAAUUCAGCAACCCUACCCCAUUUAUCCGGAGUCGUGAGUUCCUUUGGCAGGAAGGGCACACUGCUUUUGCCACGAAAGAAGAAGCAGAUACAGAGGUCCUUCAAAUUUUAGAGCUUUACCGUCGCAUAUAUGAAGAGUAUCUCGCAGUCCCAGUUGUGAAAGGUAUGAAGAGUGAAAAUGAGAAGUUUGCUGGGGGACUUUACACUACAAGUGUAGAGGCUUUCAUUCCAAACACCGGUCGUGGUGUACAAGGUGCAACUUCUCAUUGUUUGGGACAGAACUUUGCCAAGAUGUUUGAGAUCAACUAUGAGAACGAGAAAGGAGAAACAGCAAUGGUGUGGCAGAAUUCUUGGGCUUACAGUACCAGGACGAUUGGAGUGAUGAUAAUGACCCAUGGGGAUGACAAAGGCCUGGUACUUCCUCCUAAAGUCGCAUCUGUACAAGUUGUUGUGAUCCCUGUGCCCUACAAAGAUGCCAAUAUGCAAGGAAUUUAUGAUGCUUGUACUGCUACUGCAUCUGCCUUGUGUGAAGCCGGUUUCCGUGCAGAAGAAGAUUUAAGGGACAACUACUCUCCCGGAUGGAAGUAUUCAGACUGGGAAAUGAAGGGUGUUCCAGUGAGAAUCGAGAUUGGACCCAGAGAUCUGGAAAAGAAUCAGGUCAGAACUGUGAGACGGGACAACGGAGUUAAAGAAGAUAUCCCAAGAGACAGCUUAGUCGAACAUGUAAAGGAACUGCUCGAGAAGAUCCAGCUGAACAUGUAUGAAGUGGCGAAGCAAAAGAGGGAGGCAUGUGUUCAAGAGAUAAAGACGUGGGAUGAGUUUAUCGAAGCUCUCAACAAAAAGAAACUCAUCUUAGCUCCCUGGUGUGAUGAAGAGGAAGUGGAGAGAGACGUUAAGGCACGUACUAAAGGUGAAACUGGAGCAGCUAAGACCCUUUGUUCUCCAUUUGAUCAGCCAGAACUCCCUGAAGGCACUCUCUGCUUUGCGUCGGGAAAGCCUGCGAAGAAAUGGACCUACUGGGGAAGGAGUUACUAA